UCCGCUGUGCUGACAUAGAGCAGUAGAUGGCGGGAUGAAGGGGGAAGAGAGGAAGCUGACUGUAAAAGUGCUGUCCCUGGCACUGGUUGUUCAACGCGCAGGACGCGGUAAGCCCGAUUCUGUUGCUAGCAAAGGAAAACCUGGAUAGGGGCUUCCCAGGCAGCCAGGGAGGAAUGUGGGUUACCCUGACCAAAACGGAAGCGGUAGUGGUGAAACUCCUUCAACAUAUAUUCUCUAUGAGAGGAAUUAAGUAUGAUGAAGCUGCUUUAAGGCAGCUACUGGCCUGGGCAAAGGGAAAAGACCUGAUCCUCACAGUAGCUGAUGCCUUUAACGUGUCUAUAUGUGACAACAGUGGGCCAGAACUGUGGGAAGAGACCAGAAAGGGAUCUAUGGGAGUGAAAAAGUUUCCCAACUUGUGGCGAGAAGUUAUGGAAUCGCUGCGAGAUAUUAAGACUAAACUUCAAGUUACAGCGUCUGCCCAUGCAUCUGACAGGAUGUAGUGAACUAUCUACUUAUACCUCCGUGAAUCAACUCAUUUUCAGGGCACCAGGACUGCCCCUGGGACCGAGGGCGCGGAACGCUGAGGCACAGAGAGCAGCGGGUGCGACUCUGGUUGUCAGGCAGCCCACAUCAACUGUGCUCGCGGCGGUGACACAGGGGCCACACCCUCCCCCCCAACCGCUGGUUCAGGCUACAGCGGCGGCGGCGCGGGAAGGGGGGCGAGAUCACAUCACCUGCACCCCGGUAACGGCGGGGACGCACCAGGAAGAAAAGUGGCGUGGACUGUGCAUGCUCUAGAGUGGUGCCUGUGCAGAACCUACGACUCAUACGGCUCCACACUCAGCACCCCCCCCACAACAGCUGCAGUUCCAACAGCAGCAGCAGCAACCCAGGCUGCAUAGCACUUGACUCAAACACCUCAAGCACUGCAGCCCAACCUCUCAAGGCAGCUGGAGGGGUAAUUGAACAGGAGAAAGCAGCUUUUGUAGCUACUGCAAUGAGGCAGCUGUUAAGCCUUUAACCAUUUUACUCACUAGAACGUGGAAAACAAAAUAACAUUGAAAAACGAGCUUCUUCUAAAUGAAAUUCUGUGAAAUUUGCUUAUCCUGUAGCUGAGACUGUCCUGUAGGAUUUCUUAUGGGAGGAGAAAUUACCCAUGAUUGCCUAAAGAGGAGCUGAUGGGUGCAGCUCUAAUGUCACAGUUAGAAGCCUGUUUUGUGAUGCAGUUUCAGACCUGGCUUGCUCUGGACAGUGCCAGUUACACUUUCCUAUGUGAAUCUACUUGUCUUUUUGUCAGAAAUUAUGCUUGUUCAGAGCUCUCACAAGUGCAAUCUGUUGUGUUGCAAAGACAAAUGUGAACUGCUACUCUCUCUUUGAACUCUGUGAGUCCACCAAGAAAAGAAGCUGCGAUGGGCACAGAGAGUGAGGGAGAGGCGAGGCGGAAUGGAUCCAACUUUGGAUAAUGACAAACUUUACAGACCAUCCUAUAUUUCUAGCAUUGAACUAUCUCCAAGGUCAGGACCAGUGAGUGUGGAAGAUCUUAAAACAGAUCUCUCCUCUGAAUUUUCUUUGGUUUCUUCAAGCUCGGACACAAGCCAGGGGAGCACUUUGGGCUCCAAGGGACAGAUAAAAGUUUGCCAGCAUAUUAGGCCAUUUACAUCAGUGGAAAGAGAAAAUGGAACACAGGACCGUGUUUCACUUGAAGACUCAACAAACAUCACAUUGAAGCCCCCUCACCACUAUUUGAAUCGACUAAGUGAAAAAACUGCUGGACAGAUGAUACAAAAAUUCACUUUUUCACGAGUGUUUGGACCUGAAACAACUCAAGAAGAAUUCUUUGAAGGUACCAUGAAGGACCCAGUGCAAGAUUUCUUAGAUGGAUAUAAUCGUCUUGUUUUUACAUAUGGCGUUACAAACGCUGGGAAAACUUACACUUUCCAAGGGACAGAAGAUGAUGUUAGUAUUCUGCCAAGGGCCUUGGAUCUUUUGUUUAAAAGUAUUCAAGGAAAGCUUUACACAGCAAUGGAUCUCAAACCCCAUCGGUGCAGGGAUUAUAUAAAACUGACUGAAAACCAAGUGAGAGAAGAAACUGCAAUUAAAAAUUCACUACUUCACCUAAUAAAAGAGGUAGACAAUCAGAUUAGCACAAACAGCAAUACACCUGUUGAUUCUAAGGAUUUGGAAGAUAGAAGACUCAGAACAAACUUGCCAUACAACCGAGAUGAGUAAUACAACUCAGGGGCAAGUAGAA